CUUCCAACGCUAGCGGAAGUUCGGAGGUAGAAAGUGCAGAGGAAGGGCAAGAUAAGACACGAGAGGAACAUGGAGGUGAGGAGGAGCAUAAAGUGAUUAUGAAGUUUAGGGAGGAAGGGGGAGUUGGGGCGAUGAGUCCGAUAAGGUUGACGGCUGUGAUAAAAGAGUUGAUUGGGGAAGUUGUUAAUGCUAAAGUGUUAAGAUACGGGAGAUUGUUGGUGUGCUGUAAGGACAUGGCGCAGAGGGAAAAAGCUAUCGGAGUGAAGCAAAUAGGGAAAUGUAAGGUGGACUCGAGCAGCUGGACUGAUCAAGCAGUGGAGUAAAGGGGUGAUAACAGGAGUGCCUGUGAGUGUUAGCACUAAAGAGGCAACAGCAAAGACUGCCAUACUGUUUAUUCAACCUCAGUACAACAUCAGCACACUGUCACCAGAGGGAGAGGUGAUGUUGUACCGGUACGGCUGGCAGGACUGCACCACCAUCCUCUUCUAUUUCUUCAUCACCAUCAUCCUCCACGCCGUGGUGCAGGAGUACGUCCUGGAUAAAGUGAAUAGGCGCCUCAAUCUCUCAAAAAGCAAGAACACCAAGUUCAGUGAGUCAGGCCAGCUGUGUGUGUUUCACCUGGUGUCCAGCGUGUGGAGUUUCUACAUACUUAUAACAGAAGGAUACCUGUUUCACCCUAGCAGUCUUUGGGAGAACUACCCACAUGUCCACCUCCGCUUUCAGGUGAAGUUAUUCUUCCUCACUCAGCUGGCCUACUGGCUUCACGCCCUGCCUGAGCUCUACUUCCAGAAAGUACGCAAGGAGGAGAUCCCUCGCCAGCUGCAGUACAUCUGCCUCUACCUGCUGCACAUCUCUGCAGCAUACCUGCUCAAUUUGAGUCCUGUGGGCCUGGUACUCCUCUGUCUGCAGUACCUGUCUGAGCUGGGCUUCCACAUCGCCAGAAUGUUCUACUUCACUGAUGAGAGCCACCAAAAGAUGUUUGACCUCUGGGCCGUGAACUUUGUGUUCACGCGGAUGGUGACCCUCACCCUUGUGUUCCUGGCUGUGGGUUUCGGGUUGGCCCGUGCCGAAAAUCAGGGGCUGGACUGGAACAUGGGCAACUUUAACACUGUGCUGAUACGGAUGCCUGUGUUGUUGCUGGUGAGUCUGACCCAGUCCUGGCUCCUGUGGAAGUUUAUCCAUUUCCAGCUGAAGCGGUGGCGAGAGUUCAGACACGCACAGGCCGCUAGGAAGAGGGCCGCCGCCAAGCAAACCCCCCGACCGCUGAAGAGAGACUCCCUUGGCCACCAUGAAAACGGCACAAUCAAAGCAGAGAACGGAGCAUCUCCUCGACCCAAGAAGAUCAAGGCACCUUAAUGUCUCCACCCAUCAUGGCUGCCCUAACAGUGACCCUGAUUAUAUGGCUUAUCAAUCAGAGGAACAGGAAACUGGUCCCACACAAUUCAUCCUCUUCCUGUUUUGCAUAUUUUCCGGAGGUGACGUGGGGGCUGCGUCUGUCGCUAUUGACACAACAAGGCUUAAAAAAUGCUGGAUGAAAAUGAAAUUCCAAAACCAAACCCCCCUCGAGCCCUGAACAGACAUUUACUCUCAUAUCAGUAUUUAUUUUAUACAGCUGCCUGUUAUGGACACUGGUUCUGAUCUCCCUGUAUACUGAACGAUGUAUGUUAUUUGUGGCACAAUGUAUACUGUGUGUCAUAUUGAAUGUGUUGAUGCCUGUUCCUCGUGUGUUAAUAACUGUACUGGCCUGGGGUUUGUCAAGAUGCCGCUGUCUUUGAGCUCUGCCGUUGUUGUCGUUGAAUGAGCCGGCUUCGCUUUUGUUUCAUAGCAUGGGUCGUAUUCAUUAGGCACCAAACGGAAGAAAACUGACUGAAACAUGGACGGAUUGGACUUGUACAAUAAACACUCAUUUUCGGUUUCUGUUGCAAAAUGUUUUGUGCCCUAAUGAACACGACCCUGGUUACUUGGUGCAGGAAGGAUGUUGCUGGUUCUACAGUGGCCCUAAAGGUACAUCAGCGCGUGCUGGCUUUGAUGCUACCCAAUCAGUGAUGGGCGGGACCAAUUCUGGGGCUCUGGUUACUCCUUGACCCCUCCCUCUGGGUCAUGGUCGGAGUGAGUCGGACCGUGCUGUGGUCACUUUACACUAACCAGGACCAUCCUGAUGACCAGCAGAUAUGUUGGAUAAUACUGCAUGCUAUUCAAUUGUUUUUGUUAAAGAAGUCUCUAUUUUUACUUUAUUAAAUAAUGCAUUGUUCUCAAAUGCUGAGGUUUGAACAGUUA